AAAACCAGCUAUUGACGCUGUGACUCGGCAUUUGAGGUUUUUUUGAGGGGAAUCUUCUCGAGUACUUAGUGUCAGAAAGUAGCUCGGAGAAUGAUGAAGACAAUAGUGGAGAGGACUUCUAUGGUGUUUAAUGUCUUCUGGACAAUCAUUAUGGCUAUUCCCAAGAGGCUACUUGCUCCAGUUAGAAAAUACGUCCAAGGUGGUCAAUUCCGGAAGGGGUUUGUCCAGUUGGAAGACAAAAUUGUGGUGAUCACUGGUGGAGAAUCAUCCCUGGAAAUUGCAGUGGAUCUGGCAAGGAGAGAAGCCAAAAUAGUUCUGGGAGUGAAAGAUCUCGCCAAAGGGGAAAAAAUUAUUGAUGAGAUAAUUGACAGAACAGGGAAUACCAAUGUGACUGUCCAGGAACUAAAUCUAGCAUCUUUUGACUCAAUUAAGAGUUUCGCGGAGCACUUCCGGGAGAAUGAGAAGCAUCUGGAUAUCCUCAUAAAUAGCUUUGAAGAAAUAGAUUCCGGACAGAAUGAGGAAGGAAUUGAAAUGACAAUGCUUCAGAAUCACUAUGGACACUUCCUUCUUACACUCUUGCUCCUUGAUGUCCUCAGGAAGUCCUCUCCAAGCAGAAUUGUCGUUAAAUCCAGCAAAUUGCAUAGAUUCUCAAAAAAGCUCCCCCAAGAGUCAACUGGGACAUCAUCCUGCAGUGGCUAUUUCAGGAGUAAAUUAGCAAAUGUACUCUUCACUCGACAUCUGGCCAGAAAACUCUCAGGCACCGGAGUCACUGUCAAUUGCUACCACGAAGGCUUCACAGCUCAAAAAAUCCUUCCAGAAAGUCUCACUAAGAAAAUUGAUAGCUCCAUUUUGGAGUACUUCUUCAAGACACCCCGAUCAGCAGCCCAGACUCCAAUUCGUCUGGCAGUUGACCCUGACCUUGAGGGAUUAUCUGGGAAAUUUUUCGCUGACUGUGAAGAGAUGGAACCGUCUGAGGUGGCAAAAAAUGCAACAUUAGCUGAAUGGUUGUGGAAACAAAGUUUCACUGUGACUGGGACUAAAGAAGAGGAUUUCUUCUAACCAAUUUUCUAAUAAGAACAAUUGACUGAUUUUUCCUACCAAAUGUGUAGAAAUGGGAUUGAAAGUUACCAACUUUCUGGGAUUUUUCAAUAUUAUAAUGCUUUCAAAUGUAAUUUUUUUUUUGGGGAUUUUGUUUUGAUAUUCAGGGAAGUUUUUCAAAGGGGAUUGUUAAUAAAAUCAAUUUUCAAAGAAAA